AUGGGUGAUCGGGAGGCUCAGAACAUUAACGGAGUUUCCGGCCAAGCUCCGGAGGCUUUGGCUCCCCCACCGAAACCAAAGCGGAAUAGAUAUGCUUUUGCUUUGGCAGCUUUAGCUUCCAUGAAUGCCGUGGUGCUGGGUUACGAUAUUGGUGUGAUGAGCGGAGCAGGAAUGUACAUCCAACAUGAUCUCAAGAUAUCUGACCUCCAGCUCGAGAUCCUGAUGGGAAUCCUCAACGUUUACUCCCUCGUCGGCUCCGCCCUUGCUGGUCGCACCUCUGAUUGGAUCGGUCGCCGCUACACUCUCGUUCUCGCCUCUACAAUCUUCUUUUUCGGAUCCCUCCUCAUGGGGUUCGCCACCAACUACACAUUUCUCAUGGUCGGCCGCUUUGUGGCGGGCAUCGGCGUUGGCUACGGCCUCAUGAUUGCUCCUGUCUACACUACUGAGGUCUCACCGGCCUCUAUCCGAGGCUUUCUCACGUCAUUCCCUGAAGUGUUCGUCAACUUUGGCAUAUUACUGGGUUACGUAUCAAACGUUGCAUUCUCGAAGCUUCCAUUGCACUUGGGAUGGAGAUUCAUGCUUGGCGUCGCAGCUAUUCCAUCAGUGUUCUUGGCAGUGGGACUGUUAAGCAUGCCGGAAUCCCCUCGGUGGCUGGUUUUACAAGGCCGGCUAGGCGACGCCAAGCGAAUUCUCGACAGGACCUCAGAUUCCAAAGAAGAGGCUCAACUCCGGCUCGCCGACAUCAAGGAAGUUGCCGGAAUCCCGCAGGAGUGCAAUGACGACGUCGUUCAGAUACAGAAACGCAACCGUGGGGAGGGCGUUUGGAGGGAGCUCCUCCUGCAUCCGACACCCACCGUCCGACACAUCCUCAUUGCCGGCAUCGGAAUUCACUUCUUCCAACAAACAUCCGGCAUUGAUGCCGUUGUUUUAUAUAGCCCGAAGAUAUUUGAAAAGGCCGGCAUAACCAGCAACUCCCAGAAGCUACUCGCCACUGUCGCCGUUGGAUUUGUGAAGACUUCGUUCAUCCUAGUGGCCACCUUUUUGUUGGAUCGGAUCGGGCGAAGACCAUUGCUUCUAAGCAGUGCUGGGGGCAUGAUUGCGUCUCUCGCGACUCUCGGAAUAACCUUGACGAUCAUCGAUCACUCGGGGAAGAAACUGAUUUGGGCCAUUGCCUUGGCAAUCACAUCGGUGCUAACGUACGUUGCGUCGUUCUCGAUCGGGAUGGGGCCCAUCACGUGGGUCUACAGCUCUGAGAUUUUUCCACUACGGCUGCGGGCGCAGGGAGUUAGCAUGGGCGUGGCUGUGAACCGCACGAUUAGCGGAUUGAUUGGGAUGAGUUUCAUAUCGCUCUAUAAGGCGGUCACGAUAGGUGGGGCCUUCUUUAUCUUCAUGGCAGUGGCCGUCAUUACUUGGACUUUCGUUUAUACACUGCUCCCCGAAACACAGGGCAAGAGUCUUGAGGAGAUUCAAGCCCUGUUUGGCACAUUUUUCAAAUGGAGGUCCAUCGUGAGGGAACUAGAGAAUAACAAGCGAGAUAGAGUAGUAAGCGGUGAUGGUAAUAUUAAUAAUCAUAAUCAUAACCAUAACGAUUGUAACAAUGAUAAUGACAAUGGUCAAAUUCAAAUGGAAACAAUUAAUGGUUAA